AGUAAGCGUGCGGCGCGCGCGCAGUUCAUCGCGACUGCGCUAUGUGUGUGCGCCUCUGUACCGCCGUUCAGUGAUAUACGUUUGUGUUGUGUGUGUUUUGUGAUACAGGUAAUAAAAAAUAGGUCCAAAAUGGUGUUAGGACCGAAGAAAGCGAUACAACAUGUACCCAGCAAGGGAAGGAUAUCUAUCAUGAAAAUACAGAAUUUUACAGUACAAAAAAGACAGUCAGCGGUCACGCUAGUUUAUGGCAGCUUAUUAAUUAUACUUGGAGUGAUAUCAAUGAUCGUCGAUCCAAUCACAAUAGUCACCAAUUGGUACGCGGAAAUAAAAGAGGGUAAAUUCAUCUACAACAUGUGGUCAAAUCCGACGUAUGAAGUGUUUUCUGAUGUCUACAUCUUCAACUAUACCAACGUGAGGGAGUUCCUGAGAGGAGAGGAGAAGGUUCUGAAAGUGCAAGAACUGGGCCCAUAUAAGUUCCAGGAGAUGAGAACGAAUGAGAACAUAACGAUAGACAAGGAGCGCGGCGUGAUGACGAUGAACCCGGUCAUCAAGUUGAAGUUUCUGCCAGACAAGUCGGUGCGCCACUACAACGACACUAUAGUUGUGCCCAACAUAGCGCUUCUCGCUAUCAGUACGCUUCUAGCUGACCAAGGGCUGGGGUACUUGGCUAACGCAGCGGCCUAUUACACUAUCAAGGCCCUUGACUCGGAACUGUUCAAGGAGAUGACGGCUGGAGAAUUCCUAUGGGGCUAUGAUGACCCACUCGUGAAGGUUGCCAGCAGUCUGCUUCCAGGGUGGAUCGACUUCGGCAGAAUUGGAAUUAUGGAUAGGUUCUACGCGCAAAGGCGAGAGGAGGUGGAGGUGGAACUGCGGGAUCCGAAAAAAAGAUACUCCAUCAACACGUGGAACAAGCUGCCUGGUCUGCCUGAACAGGGGUUCACCACGCUUAAUACGAGCAUCCCCUGUAACCGUUUGAAAGGCACCUACGAAGGCCUGAUGCUGCCACCAAACUACAAUACGAGUAACCCAAUACCCGUGUUCCGCAAGCAGGCGUGCCGCGUGAACCCCUUCGUGUUCCAGGAGGACUUCAUGGGGGACCUGGGCUUCAGGGUGUCCAGAUUCAAGAUGGAAGAUUCAGCAUUCAACAACACCAAUCGGUACGCUUGUGAUUGUACCGACCACUGCUUGCCGAAUGGCUUUGUGGAUAUCGGAAACUGUUAUUAUGGUUUCCCAAUAGCGUUGUCCAAACCACAUUUCUUGGAUACCGAUCCGAAGCAGCAAGCAUUCUUCGAGGGCAUGCAUCCGGAUCCGGUCAAGCACGCCUCGCAUGUGGACAUCGAAACCCGCUUGGGAGUUCCGAUGGCGCUAGAAACCAACAUCCAGGUGAACCUGGCGGUGCGCGCGGUGCCUGGCAACCCCGUCGCAGCGCCGCUUGCGCAGCGCGUGCUGCCGCUCAUCUGGCUGUCGCUUUACUGCAAAGAACCACCCCCCGAAGUGGCCUCGAUCCUCCGUCUGCGUUUCGUCAUCGCCCCGCCCUUGCUGCUCACACUGGAGAUUCUCUUCAUCAUCACUGGCAUUGGUCUCAUCACUCACAGCGUCCUCCGCGUCUGGAGACCCAAGUACAAGCUGGUACAGACUCAAGAAGACAAACCAAUGAAAGUGGUGGAAAGAAGAAAGACCAGUCUGGUGAUGAACAUGGCGGACAACUUCAGUGAUGAUGAGCUGGCCAAGGAAGCGGUUUCGUUGUUAGCAAUACGGGAAGAAGAUAUGGAUCUACCAGAUCUACUGAUGAACGAAUCGUGAUUCAUCACCUGACUCGGAAUUAAUGAUAAUACUGGUGAAUAGAAUAGGUAUUAAAUCAUGAAAACUUUGCCUAUAUGUGAAAGUUUUUCUGAAAGUAUAGUGUGACUCGUGUGAUUCCUGGGAGGUGGAAUCUAAGUGAAUUUUGCUAGAUGCUGUGAAAGUUUAGAAAUAUAAGAAUAUCUCGUGAUAAGUGGACUUUACCUUGGUUUAGGAGUAUGGGUGGAGGGUAAGUUAUUGAAGAUGAGGUCAAGUGAACGAUGGCAAUAAUUCUGAAUUGGAACUGAUAGUGUACUCUAAGAAUUAUUCUGAGAAGCGUAAUAGUUUUGAAUAUUCAACCAAAUAAUGUGUCAACUUUCUAAACCCCGAAUUAAUUCUCAGGAAAAAGUGCUUUAUGUAUGAUUUAGGCAAUACCAAAAACGCAUGAAAUAUCCGAUUAUUUACGCUUAUUUUUCAUACGUUGUAUCUUUCUCAGUGAAAUACUUUAUAUAUUCCUUAAAUAUGUGACAUUUUUUGUAAUAAAUAGGAAGCUUAAUAAUUUAAGCCAUUUUUUUUUAUUCCUAGGUAUUGAAUAGCGCUCGUACUUUAGAAAGAAAUAAGUUUAAUAAUUUUCUAUUUGAAGCAUUUAAUUUAGGUAAAGACAUAUAUCCCUAUGUCCUACGAGAAAUAUAGACAGUGAUCAUCAAUCUAGUUUAUUUCAAAUUUCAUGAAUAAUUAUGUAGCUUUAAAAAAACUAAAAUUUCCCCGGUUUUCUUAAAUCUAGAAUCGGUCUUAAAUACAAUGUCGCAGAUAAAGCCUUUAUCUGUGGCCAUUACUAAAUAAGGAAAUGUCACAAAUAGUAAAAAUACAUUUAAUUUACUUUAUAAAAAGUCAUAUCUACUAUCAGCUAGAUCUUAAUCUGUAUAUAUUUUAUGACUUAUUCCAAAUCAUACUCGAACAUAGUGUGUAACUUUUGAAAUUUAUUUGAAGCUUUAUUUUAAUUUAUUUAUUAAUAAAUGUCACCUGAAAUAUAUAUUGUAUGGUACUCUAAAUUACAAUGUAAGUAUAUUAAUCUUUAACUACAAUAUUAUCUUAUUAUUUAUUUCAAAUGGUAAAUGCAUUUUUAAAGAAAUUAUCAUAAUACUUGCCUUAAGAUUUUUAUCUUGCCCAUAGAUUUAGUUGUAAAUUAUUAUUUUUAAUGGUUUACAUUGGGCCCUUAUUACGGGUCUAGUUAUUAUAUUAUUUUCAUAUAAUAGGUAAUAUUUUUGGUAUUAUGUUGUGUACUUAUAUGAUUAUUAUCUAGUUUAUUACAUAUAACACAGAACAUUUAUUUUAAACUUUUCACACUGGUUUUAUGCCACAUUCCUAUAUUCUGAUAAUUUAUGUAAUAAUAUAAUGAGA